AUGGUGCGCCAAGAGGUCGCCAGCAGAUUUCAGAUGCUGCUCAUGGCGUGGUCGAUAUUUCUGGCAAGUUUUGGGUCUGGGUUCCCCACCAGGCAUAAACAUGUGGCCCACAAGGGUCAAUUCCUCCACGGCGAUGCUCUGCAGUUGGCUUCAGAGGAGUCGGAGCAGCACAACCAGGUGCAGUCCCUGCCAGAGCCUCAGGGGGCGCUGAGGAGGUGGUCUCAGCAGCAGCGCUCUGUGGGGGUGCUCCCUCAGCCGGAGCCCGAAGAGGAGGCCAGGCCCUUCAUCCUCGACCUCCACAACCUGCCGGACCUGUCCACCGCCGACGUCAACCAAAACCCCAACAUACAGGUGACUAUAGAGGUGGUGGACGACCCGCAGAUGGAAUUGGAAAUGGAUUUAGCAAAGGAAAAAGAAUGGCUGCCCCCGUCGUCGGCCUCCUCCACAUUGGACCUGGCUGGAGGAAAGCAGCUCUUCUGGCCUCUGUUCUGGAGCUACACUGACGCCGACUCCAGUGAGGAGAACAGCAGCCGCUCCAGCACACAGGACCCAGAGGAGGAGGAGGAUUACUCCCUGGACUACGGCAGUGAGGAGCCCCUGCCCAGCGGAGUGGGCAGCGACUGGGAUACUCAUUGGAACGAAGGCUGGGAUCCAAUACAAAGCUACUAUGAGAAGGAGCCGGAGGAGUGGACUCCGUGGUCUGCGUGCUCAGUCACAUGUGGACACGGAGAGAGGAAGAGAACCAAAUCCUGUGGGUACUCCUGCACCCUGACGGAGGCGGCGCGCUGCGACCUGGACCCCUGCCCCGGGGAGGACACUACUGUGGUGGACCCAUUCCUUUAUGAAAUGGAGAAUGGCACAGAAGCAUUCGGCACAGAUGUGGACAGCUGUGAGAAGUGGCUGAGCUGUAAGAGUGACUUCCUGCACCAGUACACAGCUCUGGCCCAGUCGGAGCUGCCCCACUGCCCUUGCACGUACCCCGCGGACGUCUCCUACACCGUGGUCAGCGUGUUCGACGCCGCUCAGGACCGGCCCUUCCGCUGGAGAGACGCCAAUGGCCCCAAAGAGCGCCUGGACGUGUACAAGCCCUCCGCACGCAGCUGCAUCCGCUCGGCCCUGUCCUCUGACCUGUCCACUCUGGCGGCGCAGCACUGUUGCUACGACGACCGUGGGCGCCUCAUCACGCGGGGCAAAAGUGCAGGCACGCCUAACCUGAUCAGCACAGAAUUCUCCCCUGACCUGCACUUCAAAGUGGACGUUCUGCCCUGGAUCUUGUGCAAAGGGGACUGGAGUAGAUUUCACACUGUCAGACCGCCCAACAACGGACUGAAGUGUCCAGAAAAUCCGCACGAAAACGUCUUUAUGAAUGAACUGGAAGAGGCGCGGGAAUAUUGA